GAGGUGGCGCCCUCGGCUCAGUGACAAGACACCAGGGUCAGGGGUCACAGAGGCUGAGGCGGAUGGAUAAGAGAGACACAGUGGUGACACACGGUGGUGCCAGAGUCUCACAAGGAGGCUGCUACGACAGAGACACGUGGUGACACACAAUGGUGCCAGAGUCUCAGGAGUCUCACUAAGAUCGACGGAGCGACAUCAACGGAUUCUCAGACGUCAGCAACAUCGGAGGGUCCUCCACGUGACAAGAGACUUUGUGUGAAGAGAUAAGUGGCGAGUGUGUGUUACACGAGUUGUAGUUGGUGGCUCACGAUACCUGCACUAGGCGUAGGGAAGUUAACAGGACACCUAGAGAACGGAAAUAUUUGGAAUUGUAUCAUCCUGUGAACUGGUUUGAAAAUCUUGAUUAUUAAUAUCUAUUACACUAAAUUGCCUUGUGUUCGUUAUUGGGCAUGCGCGCUGGGGGCUCGGAGUCAAGUAAGUAUCAUCAGCAAUUGAGUGUAAGUGUGUGUACGGUGAAUGUCGGUGUGAGGUGGUGGAGGUGUCGACAGCGCCAUCGAGCAACGGCAGUCGCAACUUCUGAUCAUCACGUGCUCAUUCCCCGGAGUUCACGACAAUAUUAAUAAAGUAAAUUUUGAGGGACAGGCAAGAAAUGCUGAUUACGGAAUAGACAGGACACAUACGGGUACAUGACAGGACAGACAGGUGUGCUUCUCAUCCGUGUCCACUUUGGAGAAUUCUGCAAACCUCAGGCUGAGGGUAGACCACUUCCGGUUGAUGUCGGCUGUUGAUACGAGUAGCAUUCUUCGCCCAUGUCGGCUCCUACAAUACAACAAACAAACGAAAAGGAGAGUCAGUUCUCGAUCACCUUAUUGCGAGAAAGCGGAUUGUGGUGACUGAGAGGACAGGAGGACACUGUACACACUGCAGGACACUACAGCUUGACAGAAUACAGCAGGCUAGAUAAUUGUGUAUGUCCAGCAAAUAAUCUUAUAAAUAUCAACACGGCCCUAAGUGGAAAGAAGGUUGCCUAUCCCUGAUUUAAAGCUUGAUUUAAACUGAUUCACAAAAUGCUAAGGCAGAAGGAAAUGUAAUUGUCUCCUGUGGUUAGGAGAUAAAGUACUCCCGUCUAAAAUGAAAGAAAAAAAAUGACAGUUGUCUACAGUGGAUGACAGUUCUACUCCAGCAUAGAAAGGGCAUCGUGGGUAUGGGUGUGAUGACAUUGCGGGAUAUGGUCAGAUGUCCCUGUCGACAAGCGAUGACAACUGUCCGAAGUUCGGGAGGGCGACAGGUGAUAACAGUUGUCCCGAAGUUCAAGAAGACAACACCGUGCAUGUGGAGUGGUGCCUAUUGCUUGCAGACAUGGGGCAGGUGUGGGUUUGUAGGCUCCUGUAGUGUCUUACCGAUGCUGGUCCCAGGCCAUGUUGUCGGAAAACAAUCUUGUUGUCGUCUUCUUUCUGAUUUCUCUUUUUUCAUCUCAUCGACUACUUGCCAUUAUCACCAGCUUGCCAUCUUCUUUCUUUUUUAGGGAAGGGAGAAAAUAUUUGGCAAGAAGAAGACAGAAGAAUAUCUUCUCUAAACUAAGCAACCCUUGGUGUAAACACUUCUCUCCAGACACCUUACUAUGCGUCUGUCAGUGCGAAUCCACAAAUUUCUGUAGUUCAUUUCUGUUUUGUCACACGCGCAACGAGAGAGCAACUGCAUUAUCCUUCGUGUUCUUGUUUAUUUGUUUGUGUUUUCUCAUGCCUUUAGUGACACUGGUGUCAGCAUUUUCAAAAAGAUAAAUGUGCGAAAAUUAUUGUAGUGGUUAUAAUUAUAAUGUAGUGGUUUCCAGGUAAUCAGGGCCUUCGUCUUACUGAGGUUCCUUGAUGUCCGCGCGUGUGAAUUCGUCUUUUGGGGUGAGCACCACAGGUGCUUCACACAGGUAGCAGGCGGACAGCACACUCUUCGCCCACUUUACACGUGAGGAUGUUCACAAGCCUUCUUCUAAACAAUCAUUAUCUGCUUGUCUAAAUGCUAUUUCUCGCCCUGCUAUUGAGCCGCCAUUCGAUGAUGUCGGUGCCACGUGCAAGAACGCGUUUGCUGCAAACAUGAGAGAGAAAGAGAGAGCGGUGGCCGAACAACGACAAUCGCCAGAUGUGAAAAUCAAUCUAUCAGACCAUCGAUCUGAGGGCAAGAGACAACAUGUGAUGAAAGCGCCCUGAAUGCUGACGACAAUGCGGUCAGUACAUGGAUUGAACUCGACACUGGAUGUUUAGCGCGCGGAGGGCGGAGGCGGAGGCGGAGGGCGGAGGCAGGAGCUGCCAGACUGCGCUCAGCCGCUGUAGCCAGACACACAGGCAGCUACCACAGGAAAACAGUCAUCUUGGUGGCUGGUACAUCUAGCCAAUAGGUCUUUUUCUUGCAUGUCCCUGCUUGCAGACCACACUGAGUCGGGUGCAGCAGUUGGUGCUGGCCGUGUCUUGGUGCCGCGAUGAAGACGUGUGAGUGGUUGUGCAGGUUCCUGGAGCAAACAACGGGACAAAGCCAGCAAGUGGAGCGACAGUUGUGACUAUGAGAGGAGUGGCAGAGGCAGCCUGUGAAUGUGAUCAUGAGAAGUGUGACAAGGGGCAGUCUGUGAAUGCGAUCAUGAGAAGUGUGACAAGGGGCAGCCUGUGAAUGUGAUCAUGAGAAGUGUGACAAGGGGCAGCCUGUGAAUGUGAUCAUGAGAAGUGUGACAAGGGGCAGCCUGUGAAUGCGAUCAUGAGAAGUGUGACAAGGGGCAGCCUGUGACUACAAAGGCCAAGGUUCGUACCCGGACAGAGGAAGACGUAGAAGGCAGGGGCUUGCUGUCGGCUGUCGCUGGUGGAGGACAAGGCAAGAACAAGGUAAGAACAAGAAUGGCAUGUCAGUGACACACACCCUUGUCAUCACCACACACCUGCUACAGGUGUCACACCUGGUCUCUGUCACAACAGAGGACAGAGAGGAGAAGAGAAAUCACAGCGUGUGAAAGCUGUCGACAGUAACCAAUACCAGGGUUCAUCGGAACACAAGUCUGUUUAGUGUUAAGGCCCAAAAGCAAAACUCUCAUAAAAUGGAAAGAAAGAAAUCUUUCUCCUUGUCGCCACAAGUCACCAACCGUUCCAGUGUUAUCCCCAGUUCUGUCUCUCUAAGGAUGGUCGCUGACUGUUAGACUAAUUGGCUGAAGAGGAUUUCGUCCUGUAAUAAGUUGCGGAAGAUGCAGUUUCGGUCAAGAGAGGCUGUCAAAUGAAGUGAACAGGCAAAGUUCUUGUUCUGAAUUUGAAAUAUAAAUUACCUGUGCAUAGAAAGAAGAACAGACGCAUUUGUUUUAAAAUCGUAAAAAAACCUGAAUUUUAUGUAAAAAUGAAAAGAGGAACACAAACCUUUGUAAGACUUGUCAUCUAUUGUCAGGCUAGUUUUCAUUAGGUGGAGUGCGAGGAAUGAGAUUAGGGAGGUGGAGGUAGAUAAGAAAGCUGUGUGCUGCUCCAGUGAACUGUAACAGGCUUGUAGUGUGCAUGCCAUUCACCUCCACAAUAGCAGUCGAGGCUUUGAUAGACCGACUGGCUGCGAGAUUAGGAAAGUUCUACAGAAACUUCACACUUAAUCAGGAAGAGAUUUUAUCGAAAUGUCCUGAGUGUACAAGUCACCUGGAGCAAUUCAUUGAUACACUUAUCAAAGGAUACAAGAAUUGUGAGCGUGGACCUCUGUCAAUUAGUGGGAUUAACGGGUGGAACGUUGUCAGCCACAUUAACCCUCUUUAUCUUGAGGUCUUCAACUGGAGUGUAUUGUGAAGCUUUCAGAGAAAAUUCCUCUUUAUGUGUGGGUGUCCUCCGCCAGGUCACUGGCAGUGUUUGGCCAUUGUUACAGACCACUAAGUCUGACAAACUCCAUCACUAGAGUCAGUCUGACAAACUCACUGACAACAGACAUUCUUCAAGCCAUGAGCAAGAAACAUGAUCCGUUGAGUGAGCGCCGCUGACUGUCACAAAACUUUCCUGUUUGUAAAAUGUUCUUGUGGUCUGAACAUAGUUUGGUAACCGAGAUGACUAAUGUCAGCCCAGUGCCGUGGAGUUUGUCUAUAUAGCACUAUACCUCAUGGAUAGACACAUAGUAUUUCAAUAUUAGGAUGUAUUUAUUGAAGUCUGACACGUAGCCGGAGUCUGUCUACAUCUCUAUGAUUUAGAAAUUCAGCGGGAAAAAUAAAAAUGUCCCAGAAUGUCAUAGGUAGUUUGACUAAAUGAAAUUAAAACUGCCUUCCAGGUGGUUGAAAAUGUACUAAAUGCGCAAUCAAAGUAGUGAGUCAGAAAAAAAAACAUUGUUUGUUUGUUUAUUUAUUUAUUUAUUAUUUAUUUAUUUAUAGUGGAUUCGGCGGAUUACUACGAUAAGCUCAUCUGAAAGACCAGCGAGCACAAAAGGAUGUGACAGGUUUGAGUGCCAGCACGAGACCAUGAUCGCGGAGGAACACCCCGCUGCCCUGGUGUCCGUGGUGACCACAGUCAUCGCCGGAGAGAUGGCCUUGGGUCUGGCCUUCAACAUCGGGGUGCUGAUGGUCAGCCGGGGGAGGCUGGUGAAGGGUGCGGAGCACGGCAACACCUUCCUGGCCUCCCUGAGUGCCGUGGACAUCGUGGCCUGCCUCACUGCCCUGCCCUUCACCAUCGUCUCCGCCCGCCUGUCGCGCUACCACAACAACCUCAUCUUCUGCCUCUUCUCCGAGGGCGCUGUGGCGCUCAGCACCACGUCGUCGUCGCUCACCUUGCUGUGCAUCACCCUCGAGCGCUACCAAGCCGUCACCAGACCCGCUCAUCGAGGCCUUCUGUCCUUAAAGCCCUUUGUCUUCCUGCUGUUCAUCUGGAUUCUGUCGGCAUUUCGCCUUUUGUGCGCCCUUCAUCCUUCACCGACAGGAUGCUUUGAACAGGAAAGAAAUGUACUUGGGUCAGGAGAGGAGGAUCCGAUGGUUGUCUCUGGGAUCGUGUGCGUCUUCUUGCUGUGCUGGGGGCCGCACGUGAUGCUGACGGUGCUAGAGAUGGUGCAGCAGGACUCCCUGCAGCUGGAGGCCGCUCACCUGGUGACACUGAUGCUGGCCUACCUCACUGUCGUCAUUCACCCGCUCAUCUACGCCUUCUCCAGGAAGAAGUUCCGUGAGUCGCUCGCUCGCCUCUGGCGCCGCUUCCGAGAGAAACGCAGGCGACAGGCGCACGUGGGUCCUGCCUCCUAAACAACAACAACAACAACAACAACAACAACAACAACAAACAUCCAGGUCUUGACCCUGUCUGCUCUUUGACCUCCCAACUCUUGGGUGACCACUUCAUGGAUUCUUUCCAAGAGAGCUCUGCCAUGGAGCUCGAAAUGCCCGAUCCCUCGCUUGACAACCUUGUGUUGAUCUCUCAAUCUUUAUUUACCUGACAGAAAUUACAACACCGACAAAGAAGUGUUUAUUUUUGUGUCUGUGUAUCACUUUGUAAUCAAGAUAGACUGAAGACAACAUCAUUGAAGAACAUCUUGUGCUUUGCUGUGGUGCGCUAUUCAUUUCAACAAGUAUUUAACAUCAGUGGAACUCAUUGCUACAGUAAUUACAGUAAUUACAAAUGUUGUCUUGCGCCUGGUGGUAGACCAAGACUCAGUAUAUUUGUAGAGCUUUACAAAUGACGAGGCUUCACCCUCCAUACCACAAUGAGAUUAAAUGUAGCAGUCCACUCCACUAGCAGAUUAACGGUAGAUACUGUGAUGUAUGUUACUGUAUUAUCUAUCAUAUCUAUCACAUCUAUCACAUCUAAUCAUCUGAUACAUCGCUCAGUGUCUGGAAGUGUGGUGUGGAUGCUACGUUUGCUUUCCGGAACACACUUUGUCAUCUGUGGCCACUAGGUGUGACUUCUGACUACAUCUCUUUCAUUAGACAGCUUUCUUCUUUAGAGUUAUCAAUCGUUAAUUUAUAUUUUGUUGUGCAUUGUGUCUGCGUGCUUGUUGGUGUGUUCGUGAAGACAUUCUUGCCUGUCCUCCGAUGUGUCCUGCGCCUGUUGACAGAAGUGUUGGAGUCCGGCUGGUGCAGGACAAAGGUGCUACAGAAAUGUGAUUAUUAAUUUUGUUAAACUUGAUCAUAUUAUUGUAGAGGUUACUCAAAUUCAUUAUCGGUGCCGCAUGACUAACGGUUGUCAGCAGUAAGCAGGGAAUAAUUCCAGAUGGCAGUAUGAGGGCUAGUAUACUUCAUUACUUUCCUUUGUUGACCUUUUAUUUUUUAUGUAUUCUUUUAGAGAGGCUUCCUGAAGAUGGUUGCUUAUCAGUAUGUCCGUCAUUGUAGAUGUAAGUGCUGUUUACAAAAGAUGAAAUACAUGCUCAACUCACAAGCGUAAUAACUCAGUCAAAGAAUUCACUCACACAGGAAACAAGUAAAUAUUUCUUUCCAUCUAAUUAAUCUGAAUUUUAAUACCUGACACUAACUCUUUAACAAAGUUUCAAAUUGACA